GUCAUGGUCACGUUCGCCGUCUCGUCCGUGAGGCGCAACUUCUGCAGGACGAUCCGAAAGAAAGAUCAUCCCAUCACGACGCUCAAGGAGUUUGCCAAAGAAGGCUGCAAGGACAUUGUCCAAGCCACCAACCUUGGUUCUGUUGUCGCUUCUGAAAGUGGCUUUGUGCGCGGUGUCAUUGAAGCCUACAACAACCACCACGACAUCGAGCUCCGGCCGGACGAUAUUUGGCUCGCGAUUUUGAUUCAGUUUGGUCUGUACGUCGAUGGCAACGCCGAAGAGCUUCGGUCGUCGCUCGUCAAACACGACGGCCAGAAGGAGCUCGUUGUUUAUGACGUUGGAACGCUGUACACGGCCGACUUUGGCGCGCUCUCCAAGCAAAUGGUCGACAAGAUGGACGAGCACCUCGUGGACCCGAGCCUCAAGCACUGGGUCCUUCCGUCCUUCUCGACAACGACCGACCACGACGUCAUUGUCGCCAGCGUCGUGCUCAUGGCCACGAUGAAGAAGUACUUUUCGUACAAGUUUUGCCUCUGCUGCGGCAUUCCGCACGUGACGCUCCUCGGCACCGUCGACGAUUGGCAAGACAUUCGUCGUCGCCUCGACAAGCUCUCAGCUUAUGGCAAGCGCAUGCAGCAGUGGACGACGAUGCUGGCGCCGAUCCUCGAUCAGUUUGUGGCGGCGGCACAAGGCCAGGCGGACGUAGCGUUCUGGGACCGCAUCUGCAGCCACGAAGGCGGCGGCUCGGGUCCAAGCUACCUCAACGGCUGGAUCAGCGUCUUUUGCGUCUUCAACGACAAAGGCGAGUGGCAAGGCGACAAGAUGACCGACACGGUGCUGCUGCGAAGGCCCGAGGCCAAUCCGGAUGAUUGGUUUGAUGUUGUUGAGACGGAAGUUACGUACGACUACCCGCUCGUCGACAUGGAAGACAUUCCGCCGGGGUACCUUACGGUCGACGUGACGAUCGACGACAACGGGACCGAGUACAAGGCGCUCAUGUUUGCGGGGCACAUGGCCUACAGCAUUGGUGACAACAAGGCGUCGAUCGUGCCGUCGCUGAGCUGGGCGAUCGCGCUCAAGAACGGCGAGCGGAAGCUGGAAGCACCAUCUCGCUUUGGUUGACACAAGAUCAAGUAAUGGGCGUUAUGGAGACGAGCGUUUAAUUUACCAAACGCACACCACUGAGUUUUACCUCAUCAAACA